AUCAGCAAGUAUACAAGCAAAGAUAUUUUACUCCGGUCGACCGAUUAAUUUCGCGAUUUUUAUUUAUCUUCAACAACGUAUAUAACGUGUUGUCGUGGUAAAAGUGUGUGUUGAAACACGUUUAUAAGUUUAGUAUACGAUCCACAAAAGGUGCAAAGAGCGAUACAAAUUAGAAACAAUGAAGGGCUUUUUGCCCUUGUUGGUGUUUGCUAUUUCUGCCCAAAUAGUUAUUGCAGAUGAAAAACCGCGAGAACACAAGAUUCAUAAUUUAGUUCUUUUCCCGGAGCGUCAUUCUUGGUGUGAUAUGCAUGAAAUCAAGCAAGUGAUUAGUUUUCCCGGAUGUAAAUCUAUUGAGAUAGUCAAUAACGUUUGCGCUGGAGCUUGUUUUAGUUAUUCAAUUCCCCAUACAGAGCCAUCAGAUCCCGGAGAAGUCAUUGUUCCAUAUUGCGACAGUUGUCAACCAUCGGAUACUAAAUGGCAUGAAGUAACCUUAGAUUGUCGCGAAGGACAUCAAAACGAUCCAGAACAGACGCCAAAGCUUGUUAAACGUGUUCAAUUGAUACAAAAUUGCUCAUGCAGUUCUUGUGAAAGAUCAGAUAAUCGACAGCAUGAACAUGCAAUUGAAGAUGAAUCUCCGUCUUUGCUUCGUGAUGUACCUGAUUUGAUGGAAUCCAUAAAUAUGAUGAAUGAUACACAACGAGAUGAAGUAGAGAUGAAACAUCGAGAGAGUCUUCGUAAUAUGUUGAAUAAUACACUAAUGACACUCGUAAAAAAUAUGCACGAAAGUAAUUCGGCGAAGGAUAAGGCACAAUUAAUUGAUUUACUAAAAAUGAUUCGUGAUGAAUAUCCGGAAGAUGAGGUAACAGAUGAGAGCAUCGCCGAAUUUCUCGAAAUGUUCCAAAAAGAUCAAGUACAGUUUGAAAUUCCAAAACUCAAGGAAAUUUUGUUCAAAUUCGAGAUUUCACGAAACAAACAGCAGGAAACAAAAGAUGAAAGUAAUCCAAGCAUUGAAACAAAUGAAGUUCAUCAUUAUGAUCCGCACAGCUUUGAACAAGGAUCAAAAGAAUUGUUACACCAUUUAGAUAAAAAUAAACCGAUGGGACAUCAUCAUCACAUUGGCGAAAAUAUUGGAAAAGAUGCACAUCUUGUGCAUGGACCGCACGGAUCGCUUGUUGUUGAACGAAAAGUUGCCAUGAAUCCACAUGAGCUGAAACCAAAUCAUGCCGGUACGAUGUUGAGUUAUGGAAGCCAAUCUAAAGAACAGCAAUCUCAAGAAGAUGAUGAAUAAGAAAUGUGCCACAAUUUAGAAGUUCAUGUAUAAAAGAAAAACAGAUAUUAAGUUAUUCAAUUAAUGUAAAAUUUUAUAUAAAACAAAUGAAAUAUAUGCUUUAAAUAGUACUUACCUAAUCUA